AUGCGUGUCGGCUGCCUUCAGUUUGCCUCACGGCCCGGGGAGGUCGAAACCAAUAUGAAAAAGGCUCAUGACAUCUUGGACAAGGUCGGCAAACAAACUUCCACUGCCGUCGAAUCGAACCUCGACUUCCUCGUUCUUCCCAAAGUGGCAUUCUCAGGCCCUGACUUUAAACCGGAGGACCUUGGGAAAUAUGAGACUACUACUACUUCCACGCAACUCUGGGCCAAGUCUGCAGCCGUGAAGUACGGGUGCACCGUCGUGGUCGGCUACCCAGAAGUGAUCGAUGCCCGCUGUGGCCAAAUCCCCGAGGAAAGGUGGUUUAGCUCCUCCAUUGCGAUAGACAAGUUUGGGAAGACCGUCGAAAAUGAUGCCGAGAGAAUCAUAAAUACGAACGAGCCCAUGUUUUCCGACAUCAAAACCGACUUUGGCAAAAUAACGGUUGGACAGUUCACAGACCUUGGUGAAAGAGAAUUCUCAAAUGAUCUGGAAACCACAGCAUUUGCCGAACACAUGCUGGCGGUGGACAGCUACGCCGCUAUCAUCUCAAUGGCGUGGGCAAAAGAGGACCCAGACUUCUCAUCCAAGCCCCCUUACAAGCCUGACGAGUAUGCCUUGUCAUGCUGGGUUGCCCGCUUGGAGCCCUUGGUUGAAGCAAAGCGCAAAGAAGAAACCUUGAUCGUGCUGUGCAACAGCACGGGCCCAGACACCUAUGCGGGAACAAGUGCCGUGCUCGGCAUCAAAGACGGAGAAGUACUGGUCUAUGAUUAUCUUGGCAGCUCUCAAGAAGGUCUUCUUGUAGUUGACACGUCCAAGAACCCGGUUCACAAACUCAGCCCUCGGCGGAUGGAGGCAGGCCCCAACCUAGAGCAGGAUACUGAGUCCUUGACAAGCGCAGACUCGCCUCAAACAGGGCCUCUCACACCCGAUACAUCAUACAGAGGAUCCGAUACUGCGCAAGAAUUCCCGCACGAGUACGACUUUGAUGCGGAAGGCGCCAAGCGACUCGCCCUCCCGGCGGUCAGGGUGUUUCCCACUCUUGUGACGGUAGGGCGGCCGGCAACAGGCAGAGGACAGGCGCGUCCGAAAUUGGACAUUCCAAAACUAAAUUCCAAAAUCCCUCGAGAGAUAUCGGCGACUGAAUACAUAGUGCGUGCGGCUGCAGCAUCCGACCCCAAAGACUCCAGCGCCAAGGUCCGUUCGCCAGAGGCAAGUACACCGUAUCCCGGUAGCCGUCAAUGUCUUGCCAAUGCGGCCGAAAACACCACGAGCAGCUCGUUCUCGCUCGCCACGUUCCUCAGACCGUACGUUGGCAUCGGAUCCGGCCAGCGCAGUCGUAAUCGAUCCCAGAACAAUCAAGAGACCGGUAUCUCCCAAGUCGCGCAAUGCCCAGAAGCUGGUAGCACUGAAGCUACCGACCGAUCCAGACGAUUGUGGUAUCAUUCCAAUUCUUGCGAGUCCGAGCAUCAUGACGACAAGUCCAUCCACCGAACGCAGCCAGUCCGUGGGCAGAGGCCGCCGUCGAAAGGCGAGAGAGCCGUCGGAAGAGAACAGUCGCAGCUCGUCGAGGGACUCGACGCGUCAUGGGCUGCUUCAUCGUAG